AUGUGGAUGAAGCUGCUGCUGAUUGUGGGGCUGGCUGGAAUAUGCACCCAGGCCAUCGAGGAAGGGAGAUGGCGGAUUUCUGAAUCACAUCCACAGGCGUUUAAAGUGCGACUCAGUCUGAAAGCUGCACUGGGAGACGAGGCUUAUGCCUGGAACGAGAAUGAAUUGUACCUGUUUAAGGCUGCCAUGGCUUACACCAUGCGCCAGUACUACUGGGCAGACAAAGGACAACAGGUCAACUUCACGUGGGAACACAUACAGACAGACAAUGUGACUCAGAGGAUCUCGUUCCAUUUCCUUGUCACUUUGCCGGAUGCCGUGCCGACCACUAUCAUCUCCAAAGCAGAGGUGGAGGCGGCCAUUCGGCUGUCAAGGGGCCGUAUCAAUAGUGUCAUGAUGCUCAGCGAUGACACGCUGGAGUUCGUAGGCCUCCUGGCCACGCUGGCACCUCCGGUGGAGCCUGCUGUGGAGGUGUGGCUGAUCGUCUUCGGAGUGGUCAUCGGCUUCGUGGUGUUGGUGGGAGUCUUCCUCAUCGUCAGUGGGUUCCGGAACAGGAGGAAGAAUAGUAAAUCAAAAAUGGACGAUGAUGAAAGGAAACCUAGUGAAGAAAGACAGGGCAAAGUGCUGCAGUACUCUUAUCAGAUGCGAGAUGAAAGGCAGAGAUUGAGCCGCUCCCCGCCGCAGGAGCUCAUGGCUGUCCUGGGCGUUCUCAUAUCUGUUAUCUAA